UCAAGCCUUGCAACUUUGCCCCCGUGAAAACCUGUUUCUCGUCUCUCAGUCUAUCCCUGCCUACAACAUCUGAGUAUUUUGUAUGUUGUUAUCAUGUCUCUCCUUGUCUGUCUUUCCUCUAAUGUCACCAACCAAUGUCUGACCUGUGCCUGCCUGUGUCCUAGCAGCAGCAGCAGCACGGAUGAGUCAGGAGGCGUGCUGAGCUUCAAGGACCUGCUACCAGAGAAUCCCAGGGAUUACGACAAGAUGCGGCCGCCCAAGAAGGAGGGUAGACCCACCCGUGUGUAUUUCCACGUCACUGUCAUGGGAAUUGACUCAAUCAACGAGAACUCCAUGACAUACGUGGCUGACAUAUUCUUCGCUCAGUCCUGGAAAGACCACAGACUGCGUCUUCCUGAGAACAUGACCUCAAGUUACAGGCUCCUGGAGGUGGACUGGCUGAACGACAUGUGGAGGCCGGAUAGUUUCUUUAAGAACGCCAAGCAGGUCACCUUCCAGACUAUGACCAUCCCCAAUCACUACGUCUGGCUCCACAAGGACUCUACUAUCCUCUACAUGGUCAAGUUGACGCUGACGCUCUCCUGUGCCAUGAAUUACGCCAUCUACCCACAUGACACUCAAGAGUGCAAGCUGCAGAUGGAGAGCCUUUCUCACACGACGGAGGACUUGGUCUUCGACUGGGACCCCAAUAUACCUCUGGAAGUCGACGACAACAUUGAGUUGCCCCAGUUCGACCUGGUCAGGAACCACACGGCCGACUGCACUCAGGUCUACUUUACAGGUAACUUCACCUGUCUGGAGGUGGUCUUCCAGCUGCGACGCCGCCUCGGGUACUAUCUCUUCCACACGUAUAUGCCCACCUGCCUUAUUGUCAUCAUGUCUUGGGUGUCGUUCUGGAUCAAACCCGAGGCUGCCCCUGCCAGAGUGACCCUGGGUGUGACCUCGCUGCUGACACUCUCUACUCAGCACGCCAAGUCACAGGCUUCCCUCCCUCCUGUCUCCUACAUCAAGAUCAUCGAUAUGUUUAUGUCCACCUGCACCGUGUUCGUCUUCCUGGCGUUGAUGGAGUACGCGCUGGUGAACGUGGUGCUGGGAGACGGCCCAGACGUUCCUCCCAAGAACCCCAGACCUGUCGUCGACAAGGAAACCAAGUCUCUGCAACACCACUUCACUCCAGAUAAGCAGCAGCAGGAGAAUGGUCGUCUGGGUCUCACUGGGCUCUCUCACCAUCACCCUCUCUACGCUCGUACCCACUACGACCGCCUCAGCGACCUUACCGCCCCCUCCUACCACAACAGCACCCAUUUGCACAGCCACCACACCCACAGCCCCAUCACGCUGGCUCACGGUACACCCAUACUACGCCCGUUAACCCAAGGUGCAGCUCUGCAGGGCUCCUUAGCACACGGGCCGCAGAUACAUCGCCCUCACCACAUCCACGAUAGCUCAGCCCACCACUAUCACGGGGGCCUGCAUGGUAUGCCCAUGCAUGGGCAUAUGUCCCACGGCCCACCUCACACAGGCAGCUCAUCCCACGACCCGCCCAUUUCUGGUGGUCUGGGCCACGGUGCGCCCAUUCACAGCAUCCGGCCACACAGCAACCAGACAUACACGGACCUGUUAUGCCCGCCCCUGCCAAGCGUGCCCCCGCCGCCUCCUCCCCCAGCUAGAAUGCCAGGACCCAGUCCUGCGCAGAAGAGGAGAGCCAGAGCCAUCCUAGUGGACCGAUUCUCUAGAGUUUUCUUCCCCUCUACCUUCGGCCUUAUCAACGGUGUCUACUGGAUCAUUUUCUGGCUUUAUUUAUAAGUGCAUUGCAAUCCUGUCUUUCGAGUUACCAGUUAAAACGGUAUAUUUUAGUAGGUCUGCAAGUGCCGUGAACUGUUUUACCAAUAAAGUAUUUAAAGUGGCCUCUGAUAUGGACCAGACUCGUUCAGGAGUAUUUUGUAUGUCUGGGGGCGAUGUAUAAUUUUUUUUUGGGGGGGGGGGGUUCUCUUGAAGCCUCGUUACAAUGCUAGGAUACAGUACCGACAAGGUGAGAAUUUAGACACGUGUACCAUACCUUUGUAUCUUUAAAUGAUGCCAGUGGUUGGCGAUAUGUCAUCGAAUAAAGAUACCCAGGUGUGGCACAUGUGUCUAAUCUCUUUCUUAAAAAACUGUCGGAUCACUUAGUGAAAACCCUGCAAGUGCUAGGAACCAUUUUCAUUUUCGAUGAUGACCACCCUGCCUCUGUCUACAACACAGGUCCAUCUGUACCUCUUCCACUUCUAGAUUCUUUGCAUAGAUAUCAAGGAAGACAUUAGAGACCUCAUCCACCUAUCCCUUCCCCACACCAGUACGUCAUAAGGUGGAGUAGAUCGCUGGCCACCUGCAUCCAUGACAUGUUGGAUCAUCAACCCUUGUUGGCUCAUCCUGUACGAAAGUUUGUUGGAUCACUUAUUGAUCCAGUUUAUACAUCAUCCUGGCUAUGCCGGGGAAUUUUAUGAAUA